UACAUUCACGUAAUACUGCAAUUGGCAUCAUCUCCAGCCACCCAAGCAAACCCAUAUACGCCGUCAUAGUGGCGGCGAUGGCGACGACGGCGACGGUGGCCGCCAGCGCCGCUCUCCCUCACGAUCUCAUCAUCAACAUCCUUACAAGAUUGCCAGCCAAAGCCCUCUGCAAAUUUAGGUGCGUGUCCAAACAGUGGCUCAAUCUCAUCUCCGAUCCCUAUUUCGUCAGCCUCCACCAUACUAGAUCCCGAUCAAACCCUAAUCUCCUUUUGGUUCGAUCCUCACCCCACGAUGCCACCGAUGCUUCCAAUGAGAAUUUAACUCUCGAUAUCACUUGUAGCCAAAUGAACUCAUACUCAGAUCACGAAUUCGCUGUAACCAUCAAAGAAUCAACAGUUCACAUGUUGCCGUCGAGGUGGGACUUGGUGUUUUUCGCCGGAGAAAAUGCGUUUUACGUGUGUAAUCCAAGUAUCCAAGAGUUUUUUAAAUUGCCCCAUUGCAGUACUUGUACUUCUGGUGAGGUGAAUGCUGGAUUGGGGUUCAAUAGUGCGACAAAGGAGUAUGUUCUUGUGCAUUUGUUCGAUAGGAGCAUGGAUACUUAUGAGUAUGACAUUGGUAUCGAGGUGCUUAGAUUGUCGGAAUGCCGCCUUGGUGGUAGUGAUUCAGGUAGUUGGAAGGUGGUUGAAGGGAAGAAUUGCCCAUGUCAGAUAAGGGGGUGGGGGGUUUUUGUUGGAAAUUCAUUUUAUUGGAUGAUCUGGGAUGAGUUUGAGCAACCUGGUGAGGAGGCAAUAGUGUAUUUUGAUUUGGAUAGGGAGGAAUUUGGAGUUGUGGCGGCACCUAAGGGUUGUUUUGAUACCGAGGAGGUUUGGUUCUUGGUGGAGCUGAGGGGUUUCUUGUGUUUGGUUGAUAGCACAACAAGGCCUUUCACAAUUGAUAUAUGGAUGAUGAAGGAUUGUGAGAAAGUGGGGGAGUGGGUGAGAGAGUAUAGCAUUGAUUUGAGUGGGUUUAGUAUUAAAAUUGUGAAGUCCAUUGUGCCUUUGGAUUACCGGGACGGAGAAAUAUUGAUGGAUUCAAAUCGAGAGAGUCUAGAGGCUUAUAAUGUGGAAAACAAAAGCUUCAGAAGAAUGAGCAAUCGCAUUGAAGGGAACUGGACAUGGUUGCGACUCUACACUGAUAGUUUCUUCUCUUUAGGAAGUACGUAGACAUGGCCGUCCAUUUUUUUUUCUUUUGCUUUUUUUGUCUUUUUCUUUUUUAGAGUUUCAAUACUAUUUUGAGUUUAGGGAUUUUGCAUUUAUAGACAAUAAGAAUUUAUAUUUUAUUUGUUAAGGUAAAGCUUGGUUGGCAUUUUA